AUGAACAAAAUAUGGAAUAUCACUUUUUGUCUUCUCUUUCAAUAUUUGUGUAUAUUCCAAAACAAAGUGUCUACUAAUGAUAUUACGAAGGAAGAUAAACGUAGUUUAAGACAUCGUUUAGGAGUUCAUAAUUUUAAUAUAAAAGCAGAAAAUAAUACAAUUGAAGGAAAAGAUGGUAAAAAAGGAAGUGAAGCAUCUGAAAAAGAAACAAAGGAAAAAAAUUCUUCAAAUUAUCAUGAAUCAUCUGUUGAUCAUAAUCACAAUGAUAAUGAUAAUCUAUUACAAAGUGAAGAACAAACCGAUACAAAUUUUGGUCUACGAGAUAAAACAAAUAAUAAAAAAUUAAUUGAAUCAAGAAUCAUCAAUGAAAGAACCCAAGGAAAACAUUCUUAUCAUGAUGAUGAAAAUACUAUUGAAUGUGGUCAUCCUGAAGCACUUGUGGGUGGAGAGAAAAAUCGUCAAAAUUCUUUUGCUUUACUAUCUAAUUCGAUUGUAACAGAUAAACCAAUCACAUCUAAAUGUGGUAAAUACCAUAGUCAUGAUUCUAAUGAUAAUGAAAUAAUAGAUCACCAUGAAACUUUACAAAUAAUUUCUCUUAACGCUCCCCCAAGUCCUAUAUUUGAUCAGAAAGAUGUUUCUAUAGAUGUUGUAAGUGAACAUGAACGUCCUUCUGAGUUACCAAGUGAUUCAAUACAAGUGAACAAAGAUAAGAGAAUUCAUUUAGAUGGACAUCAAAGUAAUAUUGGGUCUUUUCAAUUAGUUUACGAGGGACAUCAUCAUGGAAACGAUGGAAUACACGGAGCUACAGAAGAUAGAAAAAAAGCAAGGCCACAAAAAAUAAAAGGACCUAAUCAAGGAAGAGUGGAACGUAUUCAUGAAUUAACAACGGAUAAGGUUGAGGCACAAGAAGAAAAUACAGAAUCUGGUGAUAGUGACGAAAGAGGUAAAGUAACUUAUGAUGAAAAUGAUGAUUCCCGUUUUUCUAAUUCUUUAGUACCUGAAACAAGUUACAAUCAAGAUUACUCUUUAUACCCUAUUAAUAUUUUGAAUGGACAUCCUGAUAAAAAAAGUAGUAUGAAAAAUAUUGAUGUAGAAAAAUUUAAAGAUACUUCAAUACAUACAAAGGAAGAGGGACCCAUUGUAACCAAUAUACACAGUGUAAAAGAAGAACAAAAAGAUUAUCAUAAAUACGAAAAAAAUAUAUUACAUGGAAAGAGGAAAAAGAGUGAAAAAGUAUAUGAUCUAUAUGAUUAUAUAUUAAAUUGGGUAUUUGGUCCCAUGAAAAUUACUGAAACAAAUGUUUCUGAACAAAAUGAUUCUUUAGAAUUAAAACAAAGGACGUCAUGGGAUAGAACAAAUAUAAUUAGUGAAAAUGAAGAAGAUGAGAUAAAUAAUGUUGAACAAUUAAACGAGAUUCAAGGUGAAAUAAUGGAAGACGAAGUUGAAGAGGAAAAAGAAGAAAUUAUUGAAGAAGAGGAAUAUGUGGAUGAGCAAAAAAUGGUGAAUAAAAAAAAAAUACAUGAUAUAGAAAAAAUAAAUAAAAAUGAAGAAAAAAAUGUUAUAACAAAAGAUAUAGAAACAACUAAAUAUACUGUUACGCACCUUGAAAAAUAUAAUAAUAUUAAGAAAGACGCUCUAAAUUUUUUUAAAACUAUAAUAAAUUUAUUUAGUGAUUAUAAGUAA